GUGUGGGUAGAUGCUGCGGCUCAGAUCUUCUUCUCCCUGGGGCCAGGCUUUGGGGUGCUCCUUGCCCUCUCCAGCUACAACCCCUUCACAAACAACUGUUAUCGGUAAGCGCUAAUACUAAAACUUCCUUGAAUAAUAGUAAAUACACACUUCAGAAUUUUUUUUGUACAGAAGUAUUUUUUUUUUUUUAUGUACAGUGGGGGAAAAAAGUAUUUAGUCAGCCACCAAUUGUGCAAGUUCUCCCACUUAAAAAGAUGAGAGAGGUCUGUAAUUUUCAUCAUAGGUACACGUCAACUAUGACAGACAAAAUGAGAAAAACAAGUCCAGAAAAUCACAUUGUAGGAUUUUUUAUGAAUUUAUUUGCAAAUUAUGGUGGAAAAUAAGUAUUUGGUCAAUAACAAAAGUUUCUCAAUACUUUGUUAUAUACCCUUUGUUGGCAAUGACACAGGUCAAACGUUUUCUGUAAGUCUUCACAAGGUUUUCACACACUGUUGCUGGUAUUUUGGCCCAUUCCUCCAUGCAGAUCUCCUCUAGAGCAGUGAUGUUUUGGGGCUGUCACUGGGCAACACAGACGUUUAACUCCCUCCAAAGAUUUUCUAUGGGGUUGAGAUCUGGAGACUGGCUAGGCCACUCCAGGACCUUGAAAUGCUUCUUACGAAGGCACUCCUUCGUUGCCCGGGCGGUGUGUUUGGGAUCAUUGUCAUGCUGAAAGACCCAGCCACGUUUCAUCUUCAAUGCCCUUGCUAAUGGAAGGAGGUUUUCACUCAAAAUCUCACGAUACAUGGCCCCAUUCAUUCUUUCCUUUACACGGAUCAGUCGUCCUGGUCCCUUUGCAGAAAAACAGCCCCAAAGCAUGAUGUUUCCACCCCCAUGCUUCACAGUAGGUAUGGUGUUCUUUGGAUGCAACUCAGCAUUCUUUGUCCUCCAAACACGACGAGUUGAGUUUUUACCAAAAAGUUAUAUUUUGGUUUCACCUGACCAUAUGACAUUCUCCCAAUCCUCUUCUGGAUAAUCCAAAUGCACUCUAGCAAACUUCAGACGGGCCUGGACAUGUACUGGCUUAAGCAGGGGGACACGUCUGACACUGCAGGAUUUGAGUCCCUGGCGGCGUAGUGUGUUACUGAUGGUAGGCUUUGUUACUUUGGUCCCAGCUCUCUGCAGGUCAUUCACUAGGUCCCCCCGUGUGGUUCUGGGAUUUUUGCUCACCGUUCUUGUGAUCAUUUUGACCCCACGGGGUGAGUCCUCUGUAGCUCAGCUGGUAGAGCACGGCGCUUGUAACGCCAAGGUAGUGGGUUCGAUCCCCGGGACCACCCAUACACAAAACUGUAUGCACGCAUGACUGUAAGUCGCUUUGGAUAAAAGCGUCUGCUAAAUGGCAUAUUAUAUUUUAUAUUAUUAGAUCUUGCGUGGAGCCCCAGAUCGAGGGAGAUUAUCAGUGGUCUUGUAUGUCUUCCAUUUCCUAAUAAUUGCUCCCACAGUUGAUUUCUUCAAACCAAGCUGCUUGCCUAUUGCAGAUUCAGUCUUCCCAGCCUGGUGUAGGUCUACAAUUUUGUUUCUGGUGUCCUUUGACAGCUCUUUGGUCUUGGCCAUAGUGGAGUUUGGAGUGUGACUGUUUGAGGUUGUGGACAGGUGUCUUUUAUACUGAUAACAAGUUCAAACAGGUGCCAUUAAUACAGGUAACGAGUGGAGGACAGAGGAGCCUCUUAAAGAAGAAGUUACAGGUCGGUGAGAGCCAGAAAUCUUGCUUGUUUGUAGGUGACCAAAUACUUAUUUUCCACCAUAAUUUGCAAAUAAAUUCAUUAAAAAUCCUACAAUGUGAUUUUCUGGAAUUGUUUUUCUCAAUUUGUCUGUCAUAGUUGACGUAUACCUAUGAUGAAAAUUACAGGCCUCUGUCAUCUUUUUAAGUGGGAGAACUUGCACAAUUGGUGGCUGACUAAAUACUUUUUUUCCCCACUGUAUGCAAUUUGGCAGAAGCUUUUAUCCCAAACGCUUUGGCUCAAUUAUGCCUAACUCUUUGUGAUAACCUUCAUGAAAAAGCAUUAAAUUAAAUAUUUAUAUACUAUUAUUAAAUAACUUUAAUUAUUUUUUAACAUUUAGAAACGUAUAUAGCCUAAGCCUUAUUAGUCAUAAGCAUUUAAAAUAUAUAAACCACUUAUAAACAUGUAUAAUGGAUUAUUCAUUAAAUGUAAUAUAAAGUGUUACUCAAUCAUUUGGGUCAUUUGCACACAACACACCUGGAGAAAUGGGAGACUUUGAUAAAUUAAGCUACAGUAUAUCUGCUUGUAUUCACAUAUGCCAUUUAGCAGACGCUUCGAGGCAACUUACAAAAGGGUGGCCCAAUUGGGAAUCAAACCCACAAACCUGCCAUUGCUAGCACCACACACUACCAACCGAGCCACACCUGUGAGAGCAUAUGAAACUGUCAACCACAUCAAUCACCUCCAAACAAUUAAAAAGUGAAACCCAGUAUGACUCAGAGGAGGUAAGCUUGUCCAGGGUGGAAGAGGUAGUUGCUCCUCCUCCUGAAUGCCCCACACACCAGUGAGGUAGACCUGUACUGUAAGGCUGGAUCUCCACAAUAGCGUUUCCAAUCUUUCUCACAAAAGGCCGUCAUGCAUUGACAUCCAGUGACAAAAACAUGUGUCUCGGGCAGGCUAACUAUAGCUCUCACUUUUAUACACAUCAGCCCCGUGUAGGAGGGGAGGGAGGAAACAUCGGCCAAUCACAGGGAUUUAUUUACGAUGUGUUGAAUAGAUGGGCUCAAACGGAUUUCCCACAGCAACUCUUUAAGACAAUGUCAUUAUAAUUAGGAGGAGGGAGUGGUGAGUCCAGCGUCGUGGGAGAUGAAUGGGUGACGGGGCUCUAAAAAGGAGAAAUUGAAUUGUAAGCUCCCCGUAAGACGGCUGGCGUGUGCGUGGUUAAUGUGGUUAAUAGUGUAAAAGUGGUACAAGUGAGGAAACAGUGGCACUGCUGCUUCUCAGAGACAUUCAUGAAUCACACAGAAUGUGAAUGGUCUUACUCUUACUGACAGGGUUAUCCUAAUGAAUGCCCACCCCAUAGAAAUAAAAAAUGGCAUUUAGAAUACUGUGUAUCUCAAUGGUCCACUGUCUAUGUUUGCUUGCUGGCUAGCGAGCUUGGUCAAGAACAUGUCUGACAAAGGUAAUCCAUUUUGUGGACAGUUGCCCCAUUUACAAAAUCUCAAUGUAAUGACUGUUCACAACCAAACAAGAGUAAGGUAUAUGAAUGACAAUACUUGUGAUGAUCAGACAGGCACCAUAUUUGCCUCUAUGUUGUGACGCUGUAGUGAUGCCAUAGUGACCAGCCUGGUGAACUGCCUGACCAGCUUCAUGUCUGGGUUUGUGAUCUUCACUAUGCUGGGGUACAUGGCAGAGAAGAGAAAUGUGAAUGUGGAGGAUGUAGCCAGAGACAAAGGUAAGUGGUCAAAACCCUUCUAUAUAAACCAUUUAAAAACGUUUUUCCAAUCCCUGUUUUUAGUGUAUUUGUAUGUUAUAUUUUAUACACUGCUGUAACCCCCCCCCCCCAGGUCCAAGCCUACUCUUCAUCACCUAUCCAGAGGCCAUAGCCAACAUGACAGGAUCAACGUUCUUCGCCAUCAUCUUCUUCGUGAUGAUGAUCACUCUUGGGCUUGACAGCACGGUAUGACCACACUUCGGUUGAAGACGUGCCUAACUUGAUGUAUCAGAUUAUCUCUAAAUUAAGUGAUCUCUAUUGGUUGUAUGUAAUCACUCUCAUUGACGUGGCCCGCUCUAAUUUCUGUCCAAGUUCGGAGGACUGGAGGCUAUCAUUACGGCUGUGAUGGAUGAAUACCCUGAGUACUUGGCGCACAGACGGGAGCUAUUUGUACUGGGCUUGGUCGUUGUGUGCUUUUUGGGCUCCCUCAGCACCCUUACCAAUGUAGGUAACAUGUAAAUAAGAAUUUAGCACUUUGAAGACAGACUUUAUAACAGGUUAAGAAAAUAUAUUAUUUAGGGCACUUGAGGACUAGGAUGUGGAAGCUGCUGAUGCUACAGUUGUCAUUUCAAGAUGGCACUGUAUACAGGCUAAAUAAUAUAAUAUAAAUUAAUAGUAUAUUAACAAUUCAUACUACUUUGAGUAACUUGUCUAGAAUGAUACAUUUGCCACACGAGUAACAAGCAUGUGUUUCUCUCAGGGUGGGGCCUAUGUGGUGAAACUGCUGGAGGAAUUUGGGGUGGGUUCCUCCAUCAUUGCUGUUGGUUUUCUUGAGGCCAUCGCCGUUUCCUGGUUCUAUGGUAAGAAUGGUGAACUAAUGGUGAUAUUACAGUUUACGCUUCCUAUACUCCCUAGUAGUAUCUUGCAUUAGAAAGACAUAUUCAUUCAUACUGCCUCAUUUAUACUGCAGGUAGCCCAGCAUUUAAGAGCGUUGGGCCAGUAACCAAACGGUCGCUGGUUCAAAUCCCCGAUCCGGUGAAAAAUCUGUCGAUGUGCCCUUGAGCAAAGCACUUAAUCCUAAUUUAUACUGUAAAUUUCUCUGGAUAAGAGUGUCUGCUAAAAUGACUUAAAUGUAAAUUCAUGUUUUGUUGUGGUUGUAAAAUCUGAAGAAAUGCAUUAUGCAUCCUGCUGACAAUACAUUUUUCAGAUUGCACAUGACAAAGUUAUUUUUAGAGUAAUUUUUUCAAGUUCUUAUCAUAGUGUUGUUGAACCCUCUCUCUUCAAUUUUCAUUUGUUUCAGGUAUCACAAGAUUCAGCAAUGACAUUAAAUCCAUGUUAGGCUAUUAUCCGGGAUUAUUCUGGAAGGUGUGCUGGGUGGCUAUCAGUCCUGCAUUUCUAGCGGUAAGCACAACCGGAGGGCAAACAACCGAUAAGAUUUGAAAUGAUGGAAUAUAUUGUAGAAUGAACUACUGGAUUCACAUUAAAGCAAGCAUUGUCAUCAUACCGUCAGUCUAGACAAUUAAAACUGAUUUAACAUUGUUAGCCAUCCAUUAGUUCACAAAUCUGACCUACAGCUCCCUAUCAGUUUUUUGGAAACCUCUCAAAGAUCUCAAACAUCAAAUCUUCCACAUGGCCCUUUCUGGUAACCUGCCCUAACCUGCCAAUGGACAUGGCAGGUUAAAUGACAUGGGUGGAUGGUCAGUGUAGGAUCAGAUGUGAUAACAUUUCAUUUGGACGUUUGCCAGAGACUGUAUGGUAACACUUUGCUUAAAACCUAUAGGUAUUAUGCUUUAUAACUUGUAAUAAGCAUGUAUGUAUUUAUAGUGGCUUAAAAUACAGCUUGUAAAAUGCUAUGUCUCUAAGUACUAUCAUAAUUUCAACUGACUCAAAUGGCUGUUAUUUAAUCAGGCUCAUUAUGAGAUUAUUAUAAUACAUUAUAAUAGGGUCAUAAAUGCUCAUGACAAGUAUUACAAUGUAUUAUAACUACACCAUAAUGCGUUAUACCUGCAGAAUUUAAGUAAAGUGUUAUCGACCAUAUUUUUCAGCAUUGAUCCCUUCUCCACCUUCAAUUCUUAAAUCUGAAGUAGGGGACACACAACUCCCUCCUGCCUCAAUGUCUUAUUCAAAUCUUGUUUUCUCCUGUUCAUAUUCUACAAUACUUUUCCUGUAAAUGUCAAUUUCAUUCACCUGCAUAACUUAAUAUACCUGCCUUCACUUUGCACACAUCUCCUCUAAUCUCUCUUAGCCUUCCGCUGCUGAAAGAGCUGACAUUUUCACCGAGCUAGCUUUCUUUAUUAUUCCCCCUUUUCUGUAUGGGCCAAAUUGUUUCUGCCCUCAUCUCCCUAGAUGGUCUGUGAUCAUCUCACAAAAUAAAGAGUAACAUUUCUAGUGGCACAACGGGCAUCUAAUAGGGUGCAUGCCAUUGUCACCUGUGAAUUCUAAUUGAGAAAAAUAUGAGUGUGGCGUGUGAGACUUGACAUUACUGUUUGUCUUUGUUGCUCUGCUUUCACAGUAUAUAAUAGUGAGCUCCCUGCUCAAACCUCCCCCACUCCAACUCUUUGAUUACAAAUACCCAGACUGGAGCAUCACGGUGGGCUACAUCAUCGGUGCCUCCUCCUUCAUGUGGAUCCCCAUCUAUAUGGUCUACAAGCUGGUGUGGACCCCCGGAUCACUGAAACAGGUCAGGCCCUCUAAUGCAGCAAUUCUCAAAUGGGUUGCGGGAGGUUUUGAAUGGGUCGCAGGUGUUUGUUUUCUUACAACAACAAAAAAUACUCCUGUCUGAACUUAAACGACUUAAACCAGAUAGAAACCGUGUAGAAAUCAGUGAUGGCUGCUGAGGGGAGGUCAGCUCAUAAUAAAGGCUGGAAUGGAGUGAAUGGAAUUGCAUCAAACACCUGGAAACCAUGUGUUUGAUGUAUUUGAUACCAUUCCACUGAUUCUGCUCCAGCCAUUACCAUGAGCCCGUCCUCCCCAAUUAAGGUGCCACCAACGUCCUGUGGUAGAAAUGAUAAUGAACUUACAUUUUAAAAUAAUUUAAUCUCUGAAAUAGUUUUUCUUCAAUCACAGUAUUUUCAAUAUAGAGCUAUUAGCAGCGCCAUUUUGGUUGAUUUUGUGGUCUCAAACCAGUGAGUUUAUUGACAUUCUUCAUCAAGAAUAUGGGCAAUAUUUAAUUAGUGACAAUGAAAGAGGUGGGAAUGUUGUUCCCUUGUCAUAUAAUUGCUACAUUUACUACAUUACAAAUAGUUUCUCAAAUUGUAUUUUGGCGAUUAUUGGGUCAUGACUGAGACAACCUGGUUCAAUUUGGGUCCCGAGAGUAAACCAGUUGAGAAGCACUGCUCUAAUGGAAUCUACAAGACUUGACACAGUCUGGUGUUGUAUGUUCAGUCAUGCACUGUGCUGGCUAUUGACAAGACAUGGAUGUGUAGUGUGUGGUCAGUGUAAAAAAAAGCAGCAUAUAUCUCAUAUAUACAGAAUCGAUAUGUGAUAAGUGGAUGACAAAUGGUUUAAUUAACCAUACUCUCUUGUUCCCCCAUCCUUGGUGUCUAUCCAUUGUUGUCCCCAGCGCCUUGCUGUGUGUCUGAGACCUGAGAGGACCAUUAUGCCAGAGAUCCACGCAGACUCCCUCAACAUGAGUCCUGUUCCAUAG